UUCAGCUCGAUGGCACGAACCUCCACUACCUCUAAUAGACUUUCACACAGCUGAUCUCUGAUCAACUGUUAACAAAACUGACAUGAAACUGAUCUUCAUCCUUUUAAAAGAAGAAGGUCUAUUUUGCAUAAGCUCUUAUAUGGGAGUCACAAAAGGAGCUAUGUUUUAAGAAAACUCCCAAGAUUGAGUCGGAUAACGAUUUGAAGCUGCCUUCUAUACCCACCGAGGCGUCAUUUCAUCUGGAUGUGGAAGAGGUGCCAGAGCUCGGGACGUUGUGUUGGUGCUCUCCAGUGCAUCAGCACCCUGGCUGGGACGGCCCUUCGGCCCUGGACCCCCAGCACCAGUGGUUGCCGGGUGGUACAGGGGGUGGGCAGAGCGCCAUGGUAACACACAGUAGGUUUGACAGCGCGAUGAGCAGUAGCCCCUUUGAAGGCGGCGCGCGCCUGCCCCCCCACCGGUACAAGACCUUCAGUUCUCGGGCGCAGUAUCAGAUGGUGAUUGCAGCUGUGCGCAAACUUCAAGAAAGCGGCUUCUACUGGAACACCGUGGGCGGGAAAGAGGCCAGCGCACUGCUGAGCACCGAACCCCCAGGCACCUUCUUGGUGCGUGACAGCUCGGACCACCACCACUUCUUCACACUCAGCGUGAAAACGACCACGGGCACCAAAAACCUGCGCAUCCAAUGUGACUCCGUCUCCUUCUUCCUGCAGACCGACCCUCAGAGCGAGCAGGCGGUGCCGCGCUUCGAUUGCGUCCUCAAACUCAUUCAUCAUUACAUGCCAUCCUCUGGGACGGGGACCUCUUCAAAAGCCCGAGAGGAUGGAGAAAGUGGAAGGAGCACAGACGGAAGUGCUUACUACAUCUUCUCUGGUGGCGAGAAGAUCCCUUUGGAGCUACUGCGUCCGCUGGCCUCUAGCAUGUCCAGUCUGCAGCACCUAUGUCGAAAGACUUUAAACGGUCAUAUAGAUGUGUCCACCAAACGGGACCAACUGCCUCAUACACUCCAAGAGUUCCUCCAGGAGUAUGACGCUCCUAUCUAGCUAUUCUUGAGGGGUUUCAGAUGAGAAGAGCCACAUGGGUAGAAGAAUAAGGCGCUUGACUGGAGUUUAUCGCUCCUCACGUUGGCAUCCGUCUGUAUUGCAGGCCAGCCGUGCCUUCGACUUCUGGAUUGUUGACUUUUGAAGGACAGCACGAGAUACGUACUCCAACUCAAGUGCAUCUGACAUCUCAGCAGCUGUUGACACGAAUGGACUUCCGCGUUCCAGCGGCCAGUCGGACUGCUGAAGAUAAACACAAGAGAUAGUUGAUCAGUACAGGAGUUAAGUGUGCUGCUGUGGCUACGGUCCAGCCAUUCUUCAUUGAUCGGGAGACACUCUCUCAAGUCUGUUUUCUCCAGCUCAACAUUUUUUGACUUUCUCUUGGAAGGAAGGAGCGAGAGCUGGGUGUUUGCAAUGACAUACACAUUUCCACUGCUUCUUGCCAAGUGUAAUUGCCUCAUAAGUGGGCGUGGGGGCGCAAACGGGGUGGCUACUUACCGUUCACGACCAACACUGUCUGCUAUGGUGACUGUGUGUGGGGUCAAGAAAAAGGACUAGAGUGAACGUAUUGAUCAGACGAGAGGCCUGUUACUUCAGGCCUUUGACCUCCCUUAGCCCUCUCUGGAGAAGACGGCCCCUUAGUGGACUGUUGUUACUUUGUUCAUGACAGGAGCCAAAGCAAACAGUGGUUUCAUUUGUGCUAGGAAAAGGCAGGUUGAACAUUGUUGACGAUAUGAGUGUAUAUAUAUGAAUUGUGAUUCAUAUACUGUGAAGCAAGUACAAGCACAGUAUGAAAAAUCUUUAGUAACUGAUUUACUGUGGUCUUAGACAUGAAGGACCAUGCUUCUCUGAUCACACGGAGAAGCAUUUGUACUUUGUGUGCUUCAAAAUUCUCAUUCAAUAACAACGACACACAGUGUUUGUUUCACUAGCAGGACUUGACGUCUGCUGUUCACUGAAUGUAUUAUGAGUCUAUGGAAGGGCUUGUGGUUCCACUUGUAGAUUGUUUCUCUCUCUCGCUCUCUCUCUCUCUCAUUUUUUUUGUAUUCAUAUUUUGUAAAAUCAAGGUGUUUACAUGUGUGGCCACCAACAGGACAGCAUGUUUUUUUACUCUGUCUUUUAUAAAGAUGUCUCAUCUUAAGGUCUGGUCUGAUGACCGCAGUGCAAGCUUGAAGAUCAGAAAACUAAGGCAUUAACAUAGAAAAUGCAGCAAGAAUCUUUGCACAUAUUUAUAUUUAUAAGAUAUUUCCAUAAUUUAUAUUAAAGAGCACUAUUUUUACAAAAUGGA